CUGUGAGCACCGCCCACUGUUAAGCCAAUGCACAGGCGGUGCUAACAGUCAGUCACCGAUACUGCGAGCUCAAACGCUGUAGGACUAGUUCAGCUGUUCCUUUGAGGUGCUAGUAACCUUCUAUGUGAUACCAAGAGGACAUAUGUUCAUAAGGUUGUUGUUUUGUUCGUUAUCGUAAGCUAGAGGAUCACGUUAGCCCCUGUUGUUGUUGUUGUGGCCUGCUAUGCUACACGUUAGCCUAGCUAGCUCAACUAGCUGUAGCAUUGAUCCUGGAGCUCUGCUAGCAUCACAUCUCUGAUACAACAAGGGGGCAUGGCAUACCUUUCAAGCUAAUUCCACAAGGCUGAGUUGUCAUUAUAAGGGCAAGUUGUGGUGUUGGCCAGGGAUCAGCAAGUUGUCCCCCAGCUAUGAGAGCCUCUACUCACUGACUGACAUCUCACAAACAUGGAGCUGUACUGGUACAUAGUUGUUAUUAUAUUCAUCAUUAUCAAGAUCUUCUUCUAUGUGUGCUGGUACCGAUCAAGACAAAGGCAACUGGCAGCGUACUUGAGCAACCCACGCAAUGCUCAGAUAGUCAUUGUUGGAGGAAGGGCCUACCUUCAUCAGAUGUGUGAGAGACAGAGUGUGAGUGCAGACCUCCAGCAAACAUCUGUCUGGCCCAGUUGGUACGGUGUUCAGGACGACCUGUCCAUAGAAGAGCCCUCCGCAGCUCCGCCACCAGCUGCAUCCUUCUCCCACUUGGACAUGCCACCACCAUAUGAGGCAGUCUCAGGAGAGGACGAUCUGAAGCCGCCUCCUUACAGCGAGUGUGCUCACGGCGAUGAGCCCGACGCUGCUCGUCCCUCCAAUUCAGCUCCUUUCAUUUCUGAGGGGGACACCAUUAGCAUAAACGAAGCCCCGCCCCCCUACACACUGUCUCCCCCUACAGAAAUCAGUCAACCACACGUCCCAGUAAGCCACAGUGAGUCCCAGUCAGAGGGCAGGUCCACCUAAUCGAUCCCUGAUACCAGUUUGCCUUUUCCAUGCACUGCCUUCCUACGUUCAACCUCAGUGAUUGUUGCCAGCCUAGCUCUCAUCACAUGAGAGCAGAUGUGGAUUUGGUGUGUGUGAAUGAAUGAAUGAAUGAAUGAAUGAAUGAAUGAAUGAAUGAAUGAAUGUGCGUUUGUGUUUGGUGGUUUAAAGAUCCAAGUUGUUUUUCUACUAUGUAUUGUGUUAAAGAAAAAAAAAAAGGGUCAUCUGAUGAGUUUGGCAAUAACAGAUGCCAUCACCAAGCCUGUGUGCCUCAGUCAGGAAUGCGGAACCUGCCCCCACCCCCCCACACCUAGGAUGAAGAUGCUAACCUUGGCCUCUAACCUUAUAGGGGAGAUGUGAGCUACAGCUAAGAAGAAGUUUGUUCUGUUUUAUAAAGCUGUUCCCUGCCGUCCAAGGCCACUUCCUUUCACAUAUCCAACCAGUUGACUCAUUCUGAAAGCAUGUUUGGGGAAAUGAGUUGCUUUUGGUUCCUUCUACCGGGAUACAUCUUAAUAACGGUGCAUUAUAGACAAUCCAAAGUGUAGACAAGCGUAGAUGUGCAUAUUAAAUACGUUUCUAAGUGUUUCAACUUCAGCAAACCGAUAUUACUUUCAAUGCUUCAUUAAUACUGCACGGGCGUUAUUUGAAGACAAUGUAUGUUGACGGAGAACUAUUUGAUAGGGAAUGCACUAAUUGUCUUAAAUAAUUACCUCAUUAGCAUAACUGGUUAUGUUUAAUAUAUCAUGGUGAUUAUAAUGGGACAUUGGGCAAUUCAAGUGCCUAUUACAUCUGUGAAUGGAAGUGAGCGAGGACAAGCGGAACAAGGUUUGUUCUCUGUUGAUCAUCACCUCUACUUCUGGGUUCUGUCUGUUGCUGCUUUAUAUUAGCACCUAUAUGCCAGACAUCAAGAAUCUGCGCAGACAAAAUAAACAUGAAUUUUUGUUAUAUCUGUGUCUUCUAAAAAGUUGGAAAAAGGUUUUCAGAAAUCAGAGGAAAAAUUGUUGCUCCGUCCCUCAAUACAUAUGAAAACACAUCGUCUGUAGUCGUAGAUCCAGCUGUAAGAUAAUAGGAUCGGUUAUGAAUUCUAAUGUUGAGCUUCAGGCUUGAAUUGAGAAACAAUAUCAUCAAAUGAAAAAGGAAAAACAAUCCUUUUAAAAAUGCUCACAGGGCUGUGAACUCAGGCCUCAAAACAGCCUUGGAGCCGAAGGGUUAGUUGCCUACAAAACUCAGUUAUUCCCAAUUUUUUUUCAUAAUUGUUGCAAAAUGCAGACUAACCAAAAAAAGCGUCUAUAUCUUGUACUCUCCAUGUUAAUCUACCACAGGCUGGUAGAGGUCAGCCAGCUUUCCUGUGUUUAUAUUCUCUAGUAUAGCCUUGCUUUGGGAGAGGUUGUUACUGUGCUUUUUGUAUCACUGCAUUUCAAAAAAAUCCGGUAAUAACACUGUAAGACGAUGCACCCAAAUGAUCCACUUCCUAUGUUUGUAUCAGCAACAAUAUAAUAUGUGCACACUUUCCGAACAUUAGAAAAACCGCGAGAAAGAAAAUCAAUAUGAAUGCUGUAUUAAUGUAUUUGGGGCCUUUGGGGAUCUUCGUGGAGAAUCGGAAUUACAUCUGAAAUGUGUUGUAAUGAUAAUCCUUUGUAUUGUGAUGACACAUCGUGGAGCAGCGAUCACUGAUGCCUUUCCUGUGGUUCUAAAAUCUGUCCGCAACAGAUCAGCUGCAAAGUACAAAUCCGAAUGUAGCUGUGAACAUCACUAACAUAGCAGCAGCAGCAUGAUGCCGAUCCACGACCCAAACCAUAGUGCUACAGGAUCCCACUGAUGUACGUCCUGUCUGAUUACUUCAUGUUCAUUCCCAUGGUGGUUGACUUAUCAGAUCUCUCCACUUGGUAGCUUUGUGAGUUUUGUGUUGUGAUCGGGGGGGUAAGUGUUCUGUAUUAAACUGUUGUUCAUAA